GGGGCUUCCCCCAUUCCCCACCCGCGUCUACUCCUCGCCCAGCUCAUGGGGGCGGGGGCAGCCUAGCCUGGGCACAGGGCAUCGCCCACGGCUCGAGUGAUUGCCAUGGGGCUGCCCAUAGGCACCAGUGUUCAAAUCCCCACCUCACCCAGCAUCCCAGCAGUGGUCGUCUCCAGCUCUCCUCCAUGCCCCCCCCGGCUGGCUUCAGUGUCGCCAGAUGGAAGCUACAAGUCCCAGAGUGCCCACAGGAUUACUCAUGGUGGAUGUGUGGAGACCAUAAAUUAUGCAGAAAACCUCAAAGAAGAACAAACAGGAAGGUACUUCAUGUAAAGAACGGACCAUCCUUCCAUCAUCCAAAAAGAAAGAAGAAAGUCAGGAGGACUUUGUGGAGCUGCUGCCUCCAGAAGUCACCUUGAAAAUUUUCAAUGAACUGGACGUUCAGAGCUUAUGCAAAGCUGCAAUGACUUGCAAGAGCUGGAAUCGCACAAUUGAAAACAGUGACCAUUUGUGGAAACAUCACUGUUUAACUGUAAGAGCUGUCUGUCAGCGAGAGAUAGACUUUGAUCGAGGAAAUGGAUAUUCAUGGAAGGUCACUCUACUGAGAAACUACUGGAAAAGCAAAGUGAAGCAUGAAUGGCUCAGUGGAAAAUAUAGCAACAUUCAUUCACGCUGUGGCUUACCAGAAAAAAGCAUGUAUCCUAUGGAUGCUGAUACAUGGGGAGAAAUACUAGAAGCAGAACUGGAGAGAUGAGAAACCAGACAUGAAUCUUAAAUAGCAAGAAAUGGCACAGAAAUGACUGUUCUACUGUAAAUAUUUAGCCAUUUACACCAGUGACACUUGCAAAUAUCUAGUAGAAAUGUCACUGAAAAAAAAGGUAUAAAUAUGGAGAUUUUUGUUUUGCACUUUAUCAGAGCAGCUUGUUGUAAAAACCCUAAAUAAGAUAAACUAUACAAUGUAA